AUGGACAGAAAAAUAAAGAUGUUAAUUUAUGUGGUUGCGGCACAAUGGUUUAUCAACAUGAUAACAUUGGUUGUUCAAUCCAGAAAAAGAAAAAGAAGAGAAGCAAUUACGUAUGCCCCAAUUGAUGAGAGAGAUAGGAUGAGAAGAGGGUAUUUUGACAACAAAAUAUGGAAGAAUGACACAACUUGUGUGAACAUGCUUAGGCUUCGGAGAGAACCUUUCUUUAGGUUUUGUCAACUGUUUAGGGAUCGCAACUUGCUAAAUGACACAAUACACUUGACUGUUGAGCAACAACUAGCAAUGUUCCUGCACACCGUUGGGCACAACAUUAGAAAUAGGGUAAUUGGCGCCAAUUUUGGUAGAUCUGGUGAAGUCGUGAGCCAUUACUUCAAAAGGGUACUCCAUGCCAUUGGUGAGCUUCGAGAUGACCUUAUUAGGAAGCCUUCAUUGGAGACCCAAACCAAAAUAGAAGGAAACUAUCGGUGGGAUCCAUACUUUAAGGUAUGUGAGACGGAGUGA